AGCUGUGUACAGGCUGAGCCUCCAGUUAACGCUUCCACGAGAGACAAGUAUUGUAUCUUCUACGAAUACACUACAGGGACACUCUGCAAGGGCAUUAUUACCAGUCUCUACGUAUUUGGCAACCAGGCAACCGUGGAUUACGGUGACAGGGAAACUUUUACUUUUCAAAGCUAUUUUAAUUUCUUCGAAAUAUCUGAGCGGUGUCAACCCAUAAUGAGAGACCUGUUUUGCCGUUAUCACUACCAGCCGUGCGAUAUGUCCUUACGAAUACCUCGACCUCGGCGAAUUUGUCGUAGGACGUGCGAACAUCUUGACUAUGUUUUAUGCGUAAAGGAGAUGGCGUUUAUUAGGAACGCUGCCAAGACUGCCCCAAGAUUUGAUUACGACAUGAUAAACUGUUCAAUUUAUACUGUUGCAAACGGAGGUGACGCCCCUGAGUGCUACCAGUACCAGCCCCUACUAGGUUUGUAUACUGAAGGCAGCCCUGUAUUAUUUAAUCGUCCAUCAUUAGCGAGAAUAAGGUUCCAAAUGGGAUCCUUUUUCUGAGGGCCUGAAAAUUUUGUAAAUAUUAUUAACUUUGAAUUUUUUUCAAGAAUUGUGAUAGUUUUCUGGUGUUGUGGACGGGUGCAAUUUUCAAAUGACGUAAUUCAAAAGAUUGAAAAGGCACUGAACAAUACACACACCAGAAAAUGAUAUUAGGCUGAUUUAGCAACAAAACGAGAACGUCAGUUGACGAAGAGGUCCGAAAAUCAAACAAGUGGCUUGACCAAUGGCAGAGCGGCGAAUUGGGCACCGGAAGUCGCGUUUAGUACCUUCUGCGCGCUUUCUCGUCGUCAUCUGGCGUCCCUGUUCUGUUGCGAAAUCAGCCUAAUAGCUAACCAACAACGGUUCCUCCAAUGCUUGAAGUUGGAGAUAUCUUUAAGACGGACACUUACCUCUGGUCGAAUCGGUGUUCACCCUUGAAACAGUUUUUUAUAUGCAUAGUCAUGUCGCCCUGGAAUGGUAACGUCAUACCAAGGGACGAAAACCAGUGCAAAACCAAUGAGGUAGAACUGAGUUCCAUAACUGUGUGAAAAAGCCAAAGCCUGUCUAACCAAAAUUCACCUUUUCAUUAAUUCCUUAUAGAUGAUGAUACCAAGAGCACAGGUUAGUCUUGAUCUUGCUAGUAUAUUGUAGUCAAUUAUAUGAUAUUUAUUAAAGGAGCAAUCUUCCUUCUUGGCUUUCCGCAGGCCCAAGAAGGACUUACAAAGUCGGCUGAUCUUUGGGAUAGAUAAUUAAGCUACUUCAUCCAGUGUGGCAGACUUCUGUUUCCGUUUUCGACCUUCAAUUCCCUGUUAAAACCACUGCCUGGGAGUUGGAUAAAAUAUAAUUUCCCCCAUGCAGAGAAACCCGAAAGACAGAAAUGUAAAGUCUAAUCAUGUGUUUUCCACAGAUUGUUUUUACGAUAUCGGUGUUGGCUAUCGAGGUAUUGUCAACACCACCCAGUCUGGCCGUACUUGUCAGCGUUGGGCCUCACAAUGUCCCCACCGUCACUGGCGGAUUCCUCAAGAUGUAGUUGAUGGCCAAAAUGACUCCAACAUGUGUCGCAACCCAGAGGGAAGUGCCCCAGAUGGACCUUGGUGUUAUACCACUGACCCCAAAGUUCGAUGGGAAUACUGCAAUAUAUCAAGAUGUCCUCCAAGAGGUAGAAUCAGUGCCCAUCUAAAUAGCGCUGGACCUAUGUAGCCUAUAGAACUGAAAGCCAGAUUUAAAAAAUGCCACAAGCGUUAGCGAAUUCCUCAUUUUGAUUGUCUGUUAUGACUAAAAUGUCAAGUUUAUCGGACUUUUGUCAUAAAAGGACAAAAAUUACAAAAGUCAGGAUAACAUUGAAAAUAAGUCACACAGACGUCAUUUGUGGGCUGUGCUAUUUAAAAAUCAUGUCGCCAAGUUGCAAUAAAAUUGCUCCUUAUUCCGCGCUGGCCACAGAUGCCUUCUUUUCAGCCUUAAACACAUGUAAAAUGAUGUGUAAUAAGAAUGUUUAAGGCUUCAAUUAUGGGAGCCUCCCGAUGAUCUUCGCUUCCACGUUUUCCCCGCCCAUAUAUAAUACAUUACAAAAAAAAAAUGCACAACCAUUAAUCUGGCCAAGGUAUUACAGUCGCCCAAACGCAAAUUAAUUCUUUAGCUUUUUUUUUUUCGCGGAGUGGAAGGAAUAUGAAAUAUGUCGGGCGUACAUCUUCAAUAAAAACUGCGUAAAAUAUCAACGACCAUCUCACCAUAGAGCUUGAGGCUAGUGACAGAACUUGGUAGCGGCAGGUCGUUGAAAGCCAACUGAAAAAAUAUCCACUAAUCAUAGCGGAGACACCGCCCGCGAAGCGCGCGCAACGGAGCACCAUGGGUAAUAAUAUUUGGUAAACUAUCCAUCCGAGAAAAUUUGGUUAUGACGUCACCGUCCGUCCGUCCGUAAGUACGACCGUACGGGCUCUCCGGGUAGGGGUAGGUAGAAACGAAGUCCUCCCCUCUCCCCUAAAGAGUUUUGUCCCCUAUUGUUUCAAAAGCUUUUAGAAAUGAUUGACAAAUCAGCAUCUGUCAACUGACCAAAUGUUUGGUAGACCAUUUGACCUUUGACGGGGCUAUGGGUGAUUUUAGAAAAAAUGUCGUGCAGACUGAUUUCGAGAGGAAAAAAAGCAUGCAGGUAAAUUCCUGGGAGAAAAAUAUCCUGCAGUGAAAAAAUAUUGCCCAUGACGUACAAUGCUGAAAAAAAAAAAUCUUACACCGUUAUAUGUUGGGGAAAAAAUUUCCAACUCCAGAGAGGUUUGGGAAAAAAUUCUUUCAAUACAAACUAAAUCAGUAAAAUCACCCAUACCCUACUCCCCCACAAACGUCCAAUGGUCAUGACAACCAUUUAGGGGGUGAGGGAAGAAACGGAUUUGACACCUUUGUAAAUGACAUCCAUCAACAAAAUGGCUGGCGCGCGUUUAUGAUGUGGUGGUUUUCAAGACUAAAGUUUUGCAUUUCAAGAUUGAAAAUGCGCCCAUAAAAGACACAAAUAGAAAUUAAAGAAAAAGUUUAAAAGAAUGCACAGUUUCCUUUUUGUGGACAAACGAAAGCUUUUCGCUAUGAAAUCAUCUUUCGAGGAAUUCAACCUUGUUUUGUGCACGGCGGAUCAGAGCGCUUGGCUUGUUUUGAACCAACCAAGGCAGCGAGGUUUCUGAAGACACUUGAGGUACAUUCCAUACUCUAUGAACAAAGAAAAGUACGUUUUUAAAAAAGGAGUUUUUGUAUUUAUAAAGGUUUCAUGGACGUUUCCCACAUUUUGAAAUCGGCGUGAAAGAAAAACCACAAAAUGUGCAUUUGAAAUGGAUUUUUUUUACCACGUGCUCGACCGAUUUAACUUGCGUUAACGCAACGAUUUAACUUGUCUUACGUGAAUUGCUUUUAGGAUUAACGCAUGGGUUUUUGAAAAAAUGUUUUCAAGAAAUUAAGUUAUUUAUCUGUCAUUGUUCAUUCAUAACAUUAGCUCAAAAAACGACCAUGAGACUACAGAUCGUGAGAUUUUUAGAAACAUUCAGACGGGUCCUUUCUUGAAUUAAAACUGAAGUGUUGUUUUUGUACAUGUUCCGCAUUGAAUUGCUAUUCAUUUUCUCAUUCAUUACUUGCCAUUCAAAGAAUUUUGCAGUCUGUAGAAUUCAAGGAUUUCUGCUGCAGUGUGCAUUGUGCUGCUCUUUUUCCAUAACUUGCGCCCCAAAUACAGCUAAUACGCGUAAAUCUCGUCGGCUUUUCGAGCCCGAGUUUGUUUGUUUUAAGUUGCUGUAUUAACGUUUAUAAUUGUAGUGAAAGAUUGGAUUAUUGUUAUCAGUAGCGUAAAAGGAUAUCGUUUGCUUUCCUAUCUCUGUCCACAGAGAAGAUAAUAUACAACUUACGGUAAGAUUUUCUUUCAGAUAUUUUGAGGUAUAAAUGUAAAGGCUAUACAUAACUGUUCGUCCGGGCCCAUUUAAAGAAAAAAAAGAAAGAAAAGAGAAAAAAAUGGGCUUACGGGAAGGCAAAAGUCCUUAAGUGGGCGUUAUUUUUCUUUAGGUCUUCCCUUAAACACAGAAACACCGACUCUAGAAAUCGUAACCUGUAAAUUGCUGCUACUUAAGAGACCUACAAUUUAACAAUUUUUUCAAUUCAGGUUUGUUUGCGGGGUAUUUUUUCUUAAUCAUUUAGCCCCCCCCCCCCAAAGGUGUCUGAUGCCGAAGGCUCUCGAGAAUGUGAAGAUUUCUUUUUUUUUUGGUUUUUGACUUAGAGUUCAGAUUAUUACUUUAAUUUGAUUGCUUUUAUCAUAAGUAUAGAAACAGGGGCCUCGCUUUCAGCCCUGGCUAAAUCUAUAUAUUAAACAAUGCAUGCACAUAAAUGAUAACGAUCACUCCCGAGUAAGACUGAAAUUUGAGCUGUGUUUGUCGCAUAAUAUAUUUUAUUUUUCCUUUUUACUAGUUCCAAAGAAUGCUCCCGGGUUGGUAAGAGGUUACCCUCUCAAUUCAUCUUCUGUGUACAUCUGGUGGGAAAGAAUCCCCCCAACGAAGUACAAGGAAAAACUGCAAGGCUACAGGAUAAGAUACAAUCCCGUUGGAUCCCAGUCAUAUGAGGAAAUGAACGUCACAAGCAACGUCACAGAGGCUGUCAUUAAUGGACUUCCGUCAACCACUAGAUAUCAGAUCAAGAUAAAUGGAUUUAACAUAGUCGGCCACGGACCAACCAGCAAAGAUCUUAAAUUGAAAACGUUGUCAUCUGGUAAGUAAAUAAGCAAGUAAUCUAAAUAACGACAACCAUAAUUAAUAAGGAUAAUGGUAGAACGAAAAAAAAGAAAAAGAGAGAAAGAAAGAGUACUGUAAGUCGCCGCAUGUUAGGUAGCCUAAGACAACAGCCGACAUUUGGCGACGCUACCACUAGUUUCCCCUCCAAAGGAAGUCUGAGAAGCGAGCGCAGAAAUUCCAUACUGAUAUGACGCGUCACUGCCCAGAUCUGGGUAGUGCUUCUGAUUGGUCGUGUCGCGUAAUAAUUUUGAUUCAACCAAUCAGAAGCACCACCCAGAUCUGGGUAGUGACGCGUCAUCACUAUGGAAUUUCUGCGUUCGUUUCUCAGACGUCUUUUGGCGGGGAAACCAUUGAUAUCGUCGCCAAAUGACCGCUGGUUUCUCAGGCAAGAUGUUAGGUAAUCCAAGACAUUCUUGGAUUCUAGAUUCCACGCUGUGGAUUCUGGAUUCCAGCUACUGGAUUCCUGAUUCUUUUCAAUGGAACUUGGAUUCCGGAUUCCUUGAGCUUUACUCCUGAUUCCAAAGGCCAGGAUUCCAAAUUUAGCAAUAAAAGAUUUCCCGGAUUCCGUCUUCCGGAUUACCUGACGUGGGGCGAUAGGAGGGCUGUUUGAAGCGACAGUUCCAGGGAAUGUUAGUAGGUGUCGCUCCAAGUGCACACUGCUGAAGCCAAUAAUAUUACUUACCACCACUCCACACCGAUACACAAAACUUUCUACUAUGUAGACCGAGACCGCAGUUGUCAUGAUAGGCGCAUGUGCAAUUCUGCUCGUAAAGGAGUGCGGUAAUCUUCCUCUUGUGUUAGGUCAUAAAGCUAUUUUGUCUUAUUGUCGUCAGCUUAAUAAGCCCUAACCUGCCAAGCCAGUUUUUAGUUGUAAGCUUCAAGAUGCAAGUUAAUCAGUUGCGACUUUUCUGCUGUAGUUGUGUCAGUUUCAAAGGACUUCAGUGUAAUUGCUUCGCAUCUCAAAACUCCGUGUAUUAUUUUCUCAGAGCUUCAAAUCUCUACAGAAAAGUCUUCAAGGGUCUGAAUCAUUUACCGUGUUUUUAGGUUUUGUCAACAUCCUUGUGACCUUCCAGCUGGUGAUGAAAGAUGAAUUCGAUAUUACUCUUGUUAACCGUAGCAGCAGCAAGUUUAUAGAAAAGGAAAAAUGGAUUAAGACUAUGGUAAGACAAUAAGUCUUAAUCCUUGUUAAUGCUCUUAUUCUCUAAACUUAAUAAGUAUCUUGGUAAUUUGUUUGCGGUAGAAAGUCCCGGGAUAGCCUCAAAUGGUAUCAGUUAUCUUGGGUCCUAUUCUGCAGGGAUUUGCGCAGUUAUUGGCCUGACUUCUCUUCAUAAUUAUAGUGAGGGAUCGAUUAUCUAAUAAUCCCAAGGUCUAAAUGCUCGUUGAGCUUGCUCGCUUUUGUGCUACUUGUUUUCCUUCAUUCGAGAUGCAACUCGUCCUCAAUUCCAAUUCAACCAGGGAAUUCCACUUAGGGGAAGCUGAGUUCUGUGAGUGAGUAAAAAUAAUUAAGGUCAUACUAUAAUAUCAAUUCAUGAACAAAUCUGACAAAUGUACAUUAAUUUUGCAGGUAAUGCGCCAUUUCAAUAAAUCCGCCGAUUUGAAUAUAUAUGACGUCAACGUUCUACGAUUUAGGUAUUAAUAAACAUUACAUCUUUAUACACAUACACUGAAAACUGCAAGUUCAUUACGCCAGAGGUCUUGAGUAGAACGGCAGUUUAUGAGGAGAUGUGUUGUAGGGAUUGGCUUUCAUUUCGAAAAAAAUACGAAUUAGAAUAAUUUCGUACUUUAUAAUUCAUUCGCAAAGGUCCUUGAAUAAGUACAAUUGUGCCAAAAAAUCGUAAGCCGCCAGAAAGGAUUUGCUGCGAAUAAUUGUUCGUGCAGGGUGGCGUUUCUCUAUAGACCUCACAAAGAGAAUUUUUUUGCUUUAGCCAACUUAUUGCUGCUGAAUUAUAUAUCUUUGCUUUUCAUAUUUCGGACGUACAUGCAAAUUCUUACCCCCACCGUGGUACAAGUGGGUGGAUGGACCCACCCCACUUAGAGUUUUACCUUCAGUGGAAAACCUUUGAUCUUCUGUGCAAGAUGAGGUAUAUUUAAUGGGUAAUGGAGCUGCUGAAGGACCUGUGACGUCACCAAUAAUGGUCGCCAUCUUGGCCGCCAUCUUGGAUUUUUUAUAAAUCAGGUUAAAACCGAGAGAACUGGUGGUUUUUGUGCUUGAAAUGAAAAAUAACACAUAAAUAAGCACUUUGCACGAUUUUAGCACAAGAUUUACUUUUAUUGUUGAUAAAAAGUUGAAAAAACAUGUACUUUCACUCAAAAUUGGCUUGACCUCCUCCUACUUAUGACGUCAUAUCUCGUAACCAUAGAAACUGAUCAUCACUGAACUUGACUCAAAAUGCGCGUGAGGGAUGAACGAACAUUUACUGAAAACAUUAGGUGCUGAUGUUUUAUCCUCUAGGAGAAAACUCAUAAAAAACCUUAGGGAAAGGGGUGGCAUCCACCCCCUUUGUACGUCCGAGGGUUAAAAUACAAAAUAAGAAUAUACACAAAUGGAUGUACUUAUGCUUUCUAUUACAGCAACGGCAGCCUGAAAGCUGAUGUUGGCAUUUUAGCAACCAUUAAUACAAACACUACUUCAAAAAGCGAGGCUAUUAAUUAUUUAAUAAAUGGGAUUGAUGUUGCCUUAGGAAAACACAUAAAAGGAUUUAUUCUAUUAGGUAAGCAGAUAAUAAAAAUUAAAUCGUAUGUUUUACCUUUUAAAUAAACUUUCACCAGUGUAAAGCUAAAAGAAAUACACACAAAAAAAGAAAAAUCAAACAAAAACAAGGUGACCAAGGUAAAAAUAAUGGUAUUGCACUUUUGCGCGUCGUAUUCAAUCUUUCUUACCGCUGCUCAAUUUGCCAUGAAACUCUCUAUCUCGUGUUUGAUGUAUCAAUAAAUAGGAUCUUAUUCGUGCUAAAAUGCUAUCCGCGUUUGCUUCGUUGCAUUAUAGGACGAACACAAUCUACUGUGACAGUCGUUUAAAGCUUUUGUUUUUAACGAAUAGUUUUUAUCGGAUCAUAAGUGUAACUUGUGAUUCCUUUUUUUAUUCCUCAAUAAGAAAAACCACAACCGCCAAGAAACUUGAAAGCAACUAAUAUACAAAAAAGCUACUUUGUAUUAACUUGGGAUGGGCCAGAUAAUGGCAAGUAUUACAGGAUAGAUAACUACACCAUCGAACGAAAGAGAGAAACAUCCAAUAACUUUACAGUGGUAAAGACACUGCCAUAUACGCGUACAGGAAUGAUAAUGGAGGACUUAAAACCCGCUACAGAGUACACAAUUCGGUUGUCAAGCAACAACAUAUAUGGAAGAUCUGAUGGUGUCUCUAUAACACAAAUGACUCGACCCGGUAUGUACUAUUUAUGCAGCCCUUUGGUUAAACUUCUAUAUUAAGAAUAUUUCAACGAUAAUAAAACUAGCUUAAAGAAUUAGACAAAUUCACGCCAUGACAUUCUCUUUAUAGCAUACUAAAAUUCCUAGUAACAAUAACUAAACUAAUUGUGCAUGCCGCAGCUGUACUCACCCUCGCAGAAAAGUCAAUUUUUACUUUAGUCAAUUUUACUCAAUGGCUACAACCGUAUAAUAUAUGUAAGCACAGUAUCCAACGCCAUGUUUGUAUUAGCUGAACGCCGUCUCGUGUUUUUAAAGCACGGCGUUGGAAACCUUGCGUUUAUGUUUGCCAGGCGUUUCAUAGACAGAAUACCCAACGUUAUGUCUUUAAGGGGGUGGGAGAUCCAGAAUGUUUUUUUUAAUAGGGUUGCCGAAACCAAUAGACCACUAUAUAAUACAUAUGAACUUAUCAUAAUACGUUUGACCACUUUUUAAAUUACUUUGUAAAUUAGAAAGGAUGAACAUAACUGCAAAAUGGUAUUGUGCCGCUGCUGACUUGAAAUGUCAAAAACCGAGAAAACUUGAUGUGAAAUUUCAGUCAUUAAGAAUGGUAAAUUAUUGUUGUUUCCAUCCGCGGCUUGUUUAAACGUUGAUUAAAUUAACUUUGGGAAAACAAAAAAAAACUUGGCAACAUUCCAGUUGUCUAUGGCUACAAGUGUUCACCGUAUUCACAAGAAAUGCGCAAAACCUGCUAGUUGGCCAAAAUUGAAGACGCAGCCAUUCCUCUAAACAUUACUGUACAGGGUCAUGAGCCACAAAUUUCUCGCAAACCGGAGGAUUAUAAUUAUUAGCCCGGUAAUCCACGCCCCUCCAUUUGUUCGACCCCUGUGUACAUUUCCCAUGUUUAACCUCACAUAACUGCAAUCAUCUCGAGAUAUGCUGAACCUGGUUUUAAACUCGUCGCCUAUUGGCUGAAGGAUAUAACACACCAGAAACGCCUUUCACAUAAUUUACAAAUUUGUUGGCUCAGUAUCUUUUGGUAGUGCAUGUCGAAUUGGUCAUUUUAUGUUUCGUUUUCAUGAAACACGCGAGGACAUUGUAUUAGAUCUAAAUUGGGUCAUGAGCUGUUAAGGGCUAUACUUUCGGUUAGUUUCUUCUUGCUGAAUUUUACGGCGAUACGCUACACCUCUCAAAUCAAAGUAAUGGAAACUGAGUGUUCAUUUUCAUGUCCACACUGUUAAGAAUAGUCUAAAAUACCCCAUUCAUAUCUACUAAGGUGAUCUAACUAGUCUACUUGUUGCUGUAUUCUCUUCACCAUCUCCCUUCACAGACACGUUCAUAAGGGAAUUGAUUCUGAUUAUCGUGCUGCCGAUCAGCUUGGCCGUUUUCUUUGUCGCGGUCAUCUGUCUAAGGUUUAGACCAACUGUUAAAGAAAAAGUAGCUCAAAAGGAUGAGGUAAGAGAUUAGUGAGUACAAAAUAGUGUUCUAAUUGUUUUUAUGCUUGUUUCUUUUUUUUUCUCAAAAUCCAUUUUUCAAGCUAGGCGCGAAGCGCUGGUGUAAGACGCACCUCUCCGAAGUCUCAUUCUGCGUAUUGAUCACCCGUCGACGAUAGGUCUGGAGCGACUGGACCUGUCGUUUGACAGCCCACGCGUCCUUAUAACCUGCCCAAAAUAAGGGCUGUUUCGCACUCUAAACUGAAUUUACUAGCUCAUGUUUUUUCGGUAGAAUGAUAGAAGACUUCUAUAUGCUACAUGUACAUAGUCGGAAAAAAAAAAACUCUAUCGUAAAUUAGGGCUGAAUUUUGCCUCAGGUAGAUUCAAAGCUAUUAUCAGACAAUAUUUUAGGAUCGAUUUAGGUGCUACCCAGAAGAUCAAUCUAGAAAUCUAGUUUAAAAAUCUAUCUUAACUGUCAUCCGAAUUUUUGAGAAAAGAAAAAAAAAUUAGCGAGGCAAAAAAAGAGAUCGUCUUUGCAAAAUUAAAAUGUAGAUAGGGCAGGAGUUAAUGCGAAAGUACGAAAAAAAAAACUUAUCUUGUUGGCAUGACCAUGUAGCAAUAUAGUAAUGUGGUAAUACAGUUUAAAGAAAAAAUUAAAAAAAAAAAUAAGUUAAAAUUCCCUGGCGGUCUUAAGACCCUAGCUGAUUAAUGGUAAUGUCUAUUCCGUGUACGCCAUGUUUAGGUAGAGAUGUGGGUACAGGGAGACUGGAUCGAGCUGCCAAGAGCAGAUGUCAAACUGAAAGAAAAGUUAGGAGAAGGCGCAUUUGGUGAGGUUUAUAAGGGUGAGGUACAGAUUGAUGGAGAAAAGUUGCCGUGUGCAGUGAAGAAAGUAAAAGGUAAAUUGUCAUUGUCUAGGUCGUUCCAGUCCUUAGAGGCUUAGAAAAAAGAAAGUUUGCUUGCCCCAAUUGGUGCGAACGCGAGGAAGGUGUAAAUCAUUGCUUCUGCGGGUUUGAUAAGAAUGAAGACUACCAUUAUGUUUGAUGUCAAAUUUACGUAAUAGUAGUCUUUUCAGAAGUUGGAGUUAAAUGGACGUCUAAUUCCUGAGACGACAAAUGUAUGAGACGUCACCAAGUCCACGCAUAACUGCCUAGAAGCAUUCAAACAAUGUUGAAUUCUCUUUUGAAAACACUGAAUAAAGGUUUCCGGUCUUCUCCGGAAACAAACUUCCGAUUAAUUUCAAACAUUUAAUUAGUCUUAAAGUAACUUUUCUGAAAUUCACAUAUCCAUAAGCAAAACUGGGCGUUUUCCUACUCUGUCAGAUUAUUCUCUCUUGGCAUAACCUAAAUUUUCUAAUUUUUUUUUUCAAUGAGCUCUUUACAGUGAGGUUUCGCAGUUUCCUGAGAUUUUUUAACACCUGUUAAAGGUGUACCAUCUUUCAAUGCGCAAUUUUGUUCGUACAUUCCAAUUAUGUUAUUUCCAUUUCCGGUCUCUUAUUGUUUUGCAGAAAAUGCAACAACGCUAGAAAAGCGGGACCUUUUAAAUGAACUGAAAAUCAUGGUCAGAGUUGGUGACCAUCCCAAUGUUGUAAGUCUCGUUGGAGCCUGUACAAGAAAGGGUAGGUACAUCCAAAACGCUACCGAUACAUUGUUCGAUACCCCCUAUGAGACACAAGAUCCAACAAGUUUAAGAAUAUGUAGGUCAAAUUCAAGCAGCCAAAAUGAAAUGAAUGUGCAUGGAAAGUUUUCAUCUUUCUUAGCUUUGUUAUGCAUAACAAAGGACGUUCAUUAAGGACCUUUUAAAUGGAUGUAGUAUAUAUACCAGCAUCAUGUUGAAUGAGAUGUUCAAGGGAUCUCAAUUGCAAUACGAUGCGGACGAAGUUUCAAGAAUCCUCCCCUCCUUUGCAUAGCACGCAAAGGCCUGGGGACGAGGCUGUCUAUUUCCCUUCGAAAGUGUGCUCCUGGUAUGACCCCCUUACAAGUACUCCUUACAAAACUGGUGUGGUUGAUGAAGUAAACGUAUUCACAACUUAACAAUUCAGUCCAAUUCAGGUACUGCCCACUGAAAUGGGGCGUUCAAUGUUUUCGCGGGUACUAUGACUAACGAAACAUAUCGUUGAUUAAACCCAAGGAAGUUGAAUGUGAACAUUUCAUUAAACAUGUUGUCUGACAAAUUAUGGACACUAUACCUCACACCUCACCUAUCCUCUUCGUACCUCGUGGCACGUAAGGCCUCCACUGAGUUUCUCAUUUUUUCUCAGUUUGGGCCGCAACGGUCUUCACUUCCUCCCUCCUAUUGUGAGGACCGGCCACAGUGUUCCUUUGAUACAGUAAAUUUUCUCUGCGUCUGGUUUCUCGAAUAACAGGGUUUUAAGGGGGCGGGGAUAUCAGCCGUCCGCCCAAUCCCCAAGCUGGAGGACCAGGGGACCACAAUUAGGCUAGUCUCUAUCCUUCGACCUGCUCGGCGUCGGUGGCUUUACCUGGAGUCAAAGACUCCAGCCGACAUAGCUCUAUGGGUCAUUAGGACAAGCAAACCACUCCAUCGCGGUAAGGUGGUGGUGCCUUUGGAGUGGGUUUAAACUAUAAGAGACAUUUUAUUUCAGCAAAAGACCAGUACCUAGCUUUUAUCUAUACUAAGGAGGCAAGCAGAAGCGAUUGAUUUUCUCUUCGUUGAUUGGAAAUCAUCAAUUAAUUUGAUCAUAAAUUCACACGUCUCUUUUUGUUUGUUGUUGUCCUUUUUUCUAUUCAGUUAUUUUUACUAAUUUAUGAAAAUUUAAAAUUUGUCCCACUAGAACCGAUAUUAGUGGUUGUGCGACUGGCAGAAAAUGGCUGCUUGUUAAGUCACCUCAAGAAAAGUCGAGAAAAUUCUUACAUCAAUGUCCAAGCGAAAAACGCGGUGCAUUUCACCCCCGUCGAUAGAAUCAAGAUUGCCAGAGAUGUGGCCUGUGGUAUGCUGCAUCUGGCGAGCAAAGUGGUAAAUAUACUUUUUAUUGUAUACGCCAGCGAUUAUUUAACUUUUGUUUGUUCGUCUGGCGCAGUAGCAUUUUAAUGGAGCCUAAAUCAUUAGACCUUUUUUUUUUUUCUUUUUUUUCGUUUUUCUUUUUUUCUAAUUUUCAGAAACAAAUAUCAGUCUCCCAAACUGUUUUUUUAUUACGCCCCUCUUCCCCUCUUUCCCUUCAGUUGUCUUAUCCAGUCUAUAGAUGGUCUGCUUUAUGCAGGCUUCACUAAAUGUUGCGUCGUAGAUAAGGCCGGUUUUGCUCAGUAACAAUGUAAAUGAUUUAUCUUGAGUAAGAUUGAAGACUUAUUAUUUAUUGGUUCCCUGAUUGACAUGAAGGCAGUUUAGAGAUCUCCUCUGGGUCUCGUCAUCAUCAUCAUCAUCAUCAUCAUCAUCAUCAUCAUCGUCGUCGUCAUCAUCAUCAUCAUUAUUAUUAUCAGCAUCAUCACCAUCUUUAUCAUUAUCAUCAUCACCAUGGCCAACACCAUCAGCAUCUUCUUCAUAAUCACAAUCAUCACCAUCAUCACCAUCUUCAUUAUCUUCAUCGUCAUCAUAAUCAUAAUCAUCAUCAUCAUCAUCAUGAUCAUCAUCAUCUUCAUCGUCAUCAUCUUUAAAUGUGUAAUUUCGUUUCGUUUAUCUCAUUACAGUGUGUCCACCGUGACCUUGCGGCCCGGAAUGUGUUGCUCGGCAAGAAUAAUAUUGCUAUGGUUUCUGAUUUUGGUCUCUCACGUGAUGUAUAUGAAAGUGGAGAAUACGAAAACACUUCUGGGGUAAGAAAAUGUAUAUAUUUAGUCGCCUUUUUAAGUCGCUUGUUGUUGUCCUGUCUUUUUCUUAAUAACCGUUUCCUCUGUCUUAUUAGUUAGUAAAAGAGUUUGAUUCAGUUUCCCCGGUGGGCUGGAGUUUCUUCCUUGUUUCUUGUUUGUGAAAUCACACGGAGCCUCAUCCGUUCCCGUUUUAACAUCGACUUACGAUUUGCCACUUACGCUAUAAUACAAAAAAUUCGGAUGGCUUUUCAGGCUAGAUCUCAAAUGUCAAAAAAUAAAUUCAAGGAUAAAAACGCAGCUCCCUCCUAAAUAGCUAAAACAGCUUCCCCCUCCCCUUUUUUAGCUUAUAGUUUUAUCACUGAUUACAUGUAUCGAUCUUCAAUAAACCAUUACUUGAUCUUCAAUUCAAGUACAGAUAGUUUCCAGGCCCAGUUCACGGUUUUCUGACGUCGACAUUAAUUCCUUAAUAUAAUUCCUUACUUAGGGAAUGUUACCUGUUCGAUGGAUGGCGAUGGAGUCUUUAGAGGAUUACACAUACACCACCAAAUCUGACGUGUAAGAGUUGUUGUUUAUACAACAUUAACCAAAUGACGUAGUCUUCAAUUGCUAUUUAGUACGUGCAGACACUGGAGACUUAGGCAACACAUCAUUUUCGUAUCACUGACCUUUCAAGGCAUCUUUUGCAGGGUUGUACAUUUCUUUUUGUUUCGGUGUUUUCAUUUUAAUUAUUGCCAGACGUAAGAGGAGAUAAUUAUAAAGAAUGCAAAUUAUUUCAUGAAAUUAUGACUGCAUUUUCUACAAUAUCGAUUAAGGAGCUAUUCCAUUUAUUUAGCAUAGCAUUUUUUAUCAAGGCUUUAUUUGUUUGUUUUUGUUUUUCACCAUGCACGCCAAGGCAUGAGACAUUAACUUCACUUCUUUUCUGCUCAGUCUUCGCCUCACUAAAUUGUUUUACUUAAUUUGAAGCAUCAUCACACACUAGAGAAAAAAUCACCCCAAUUUGGACUUAUUUGCAAUAACUUUGUUAGCUCUAAAGUUUUCCUUUCCAAACUUUGCCUGCCAAUCAAUUUGGCGUAUAUUUUGACUUGAAAAUGCCAAAAUGUGGCGUCAUAAUUGCUGACGUCAUUCAUACGUAAAUUUCAAAUUUUAUAAUCUUUUGUAUUUGUAUAUCAAUUCUAAAAGAACUAUUCAGGGGGAGUUGAAAGAUGAAAAAAAAUUUCUAAUAUCCUACAUAUGAGCUGAAAUUUAACGUUUGAAUUUGGAUAAAUUUGUACCACAAAGAUGCUGUAUCCCCCCGCUGUUAACCCUCGGACGUACACGCAAAUUGAGACCCCCACGUGGUACAAGGGGGGUGGAUGGACCCUCCUAGAGUUUUUGAUAUGUUGUAGUAUUUCGAAACGAUUUUACCUUCAGUGGAAAGCCUUUGAUUUUCUUAACAAGAUGAGGUAUAAUUUAUGGGUGGUGGCGCUGCUGGAGGCCUGUGACGUCACCAACAAUGGUCGCAAUCUUGGCCGCCAUCUUGAAUUUUACCAAGAAUUAGAAAUCAGGCUAAAACCGCAAGAAAUGGUGAUUUUUUUGCUUGACAUGAUUAAUAACACAUAAAUAAGCACUUUGCAUGAUUUUAGCACAAGGUUUACUUUUAUUGUUGAAAAAAGUUUAAAACAUGUACGUUCACUCAAAAAUUGCUUGAUCUCCUACUAGUUAUGACGUCAUGUCUCAUAACCAUAGAAACUGACCAUCACUAAACUUGACUCAAAAUGCGCGCAAGGGAUGAAAAAACAAGGAAAAUUUUCAGAAAAACCUUAGGGAGGGGAGGGGGGUGGCAUCCAUCCCCCUCCUGUGUGUCCGAGGGUGGAAUAAAUCUAAAUUUAAGCAUUUUAUUUACUAUAAACAUAACCCAUCUCUACUGUCAAAAGUUAAAUAAAAAAGAAAAUUUCAAAAAAGGAAAUUCCCAGCCGCACAAAAACCAAGAAAACAGAUUUGUGACGUCAUUAAAUGGUCACUUGAUUAUUUCUUUUUUGCGUAAAUUUACGUUUUUGCGUCAAAAAAAGAAAAACUAAAACGAUACGAUUUUUAGCAACUAUAAAAGGUUUAUGUAACCGGAAAAUCAUCUUAUUUUGCUAAAAAAGUAAAAAUUACUGCUCUUUUCACAAACAUGCGAACUCUAAAGUUCGUAAGCCGCCUUCACAAUUGCGUUUUUUCAAAAUUCGCAUGUUUGUGAAAAGCGCAGUAAAUCAAAGGGUUCGAUUUUAAGGAAAAAUAUGGUUCUGGGGUGGUGACGUCAGCCCUCGUGACGUCAUAAUUUGAGUUCUUGUGUUAAUAAAAAACUUGAAAUUACCUGGUCAACAAUCGAAGUCUAUCUGGUAAGUCUGGUCAAGAAAUGAAAAGAAAUGCAAAAGAUACGUAGGGUGGGCCAAAAAUGACCGAUUUUUCCCCAGAGUGUAAUGUAAAUCAUCGAGUCAAUAAAUAGCGGCAUAAUAUACAGUUUCAUACAUGACCGCAAGGUUGAUUUGUCCAGUUGAGUUGGUGGGUACUUUUAUUUUUUCCAGCCUCUAUCGGGAAGUCAAUGACAUGAAACUUAAUAGUGCACAGUUACAUGUAGGUCCAACCUCGCAUGUCAUGAUACACAUCCACAGCAGACACUUAGUAACACUAACGUAACUGUUGAAAGUUGACCAUGUCAAAUUGAACAUAUGAGAAAUUUGUCCAAAGGGGUUAGUUUAUCUUUUGUCUCACUUUUGCCACUUUGAUAUUGAUCGCGACGUUUCGACCGCACACUGCAGGUCUUCAUCAGGCAUCAGGUGAUAGUGUCGAUUUACUGAGUCGGACUGUUUGUACAACCGUGGUUGUUAGUGAUUGGUGUAUCACGAACCUCGCUAAUGGUUGGUGGGUUUCGAUGCAAAGCAAUGUUGGUAUUAUCAGAGGAGGAAACUGUUCCCUCAGCGGUCCCUUGUCGUAGCAAUCGGCUGUUAUGUUGUCUGAUUGUAGGCAUCCACAGUUCAGGAAUCUCAGUUCCACUGUCCCUGUUGAUGUUGUUACGGUGAAGUCUUAUGUGAAUAGCCUCUAAAACUCUACGAGAGUACCAGUGAGGGUCUCGGUCAAUAAACUUAACUUCAUCCCAGCGCGGAUAUUAGGCUGAUUUAGCAACAGAACAGGAACGUCAUUUGACGACGGGAAAGCGCACGGAAAGGACUAAACUCGACUUCCGGUACCCAAUUUGCCGCUCUGCCAUUGGUCAAACCAGUUGUGGGAUUUUCGCGCGCAAUCGUCAACAGACGUUCCCGUUUUGUUGUUAAAUCAGUCUAUUGCCCGGUCUCACUAACAACCACGUUGGUACAAAUAGUCCGACCCAAUAAAUCGACACUAUCGUCUGAUGAAAACCUGCAGUGUGAAGCGUCGCGAUCAAUAUCAAAGUGACAGUCGUGAGACAAACGAUAAACUAAACCCUUUACACACAUCAUCCACGAUGAUUAUUAUCUUUCAUGACAUGAGAAUUUUUUUUUUCAGCUGGUCAUUUGGAGUAGUGAUGUGGGAAAUAGAAUCUGGAGGUAGAGCUUAUCAUUAUAUUAUCUAGACCUCAACUUUGAUACGACCUACUACUAUCAAGCCUGAUUACGUAUCACUACCCAAAACUGGGUGAUGCCUCUGAUUGGUCCUGCCUCGUUGGAAAUUGGCUUUAUGUAAAAAUGACAUGAAAUGUUUAAUUAUGACGUAAUUCAAUUAAACGGAUAUAUACACUAUAAUCGAUGGGUACCAAGCAACAACCGCUUGCCCAACCUGACCCUCCGUGUAUUAUAAUAAUAAUAAUAAUAAAAGCCUGCACAUCGUUUACUUUAACUUGCAAUUAUGGUCUUUCUUAUUAUAGGAAAAAUGCCAUAUUCCGGUUUGGGAGGCAUAGAAAUUAUAGACUACUUAAAGGCUGGAAAGAAGUUAAAACAACCUGAUGGAUGUUCGGAUGAGAUGUAAGUUCUUAUAAUUACAAUAAUCAAGUAUAAUAAUGAUGAUGAUAAUCAUAAGUUCCAAAAUUUUACUUGAAAUAUUUGACUUUAAAGUUUAUUUGUAUGAUGCCAUUUAUUAAAACAGAAAUGAUGCAAUCUAGAGACGAUGCAAUUUGGAGCAAAACUAGUUCGACCCCUGAUUAAUUCACACUGCUGUUGAGAACCAAUCAGAUUGCAGGGAUCAGCAGUGAUUUCAAAAUAGAUGUUACGAAAGCUGAUAUCCGAACACCCGUCUUUUCGAGUUAGGUCAUAAACUUCUUAAGUUAACUUUCGUGACUUUACUUAAUAUUCAGCUAUCAAAUAAUGAGGUCAUGCUGGAACUUGGAACCUUCGAAACGUCCAACAUUUCUCGAGCUUUUGACGUCACUUGAGCAAGAAUUAGAGAAGAAGGGAGUAAGUACAAAAUUAUUAUGA